AUGAGCAGCUUUUACGUAACAUCCGGCAGUGAUGCCGAUGACAGCACUUGGGGACCAGGAGCAUGUACAUCACUCUAUCAGCUGCAAGGCAUGAAACGAUUGACACUUGCUCAGAUCCUGGCAAAAAAGCGACGCCAGGAGAAAAUCGUCAUGUGCACAGAAGCGCAGAAUCUCCUGACCGAGUUCUCUAUGCAGGCAUACGACUUAUUCACUUCCAGAGUAGCAGAUGAUGCUCUGGUCGACAUCCAGCUCGUCGGCGACUCCCUCGCAAAUGUUGUUCUAGAUCGUUGUGCAGGCUCUCGGCGGUCAGUUGUGAUGUUUGACCUCCCUUACGGCACGUAUAAUACACCGGAAGAGGCAGUUGCGUCAACUGUAAAAGUAGUCCAAGAGACGGGUAUUCAGCUGGUUAAGCUGGAAGGUCACCUACCGGAGAUAGUUAGGGAGGUGCAAAAGCAUGCAGCAGUAUGCUGCCACAUUGGCGUGCUUCCACAAACGGCCACGACCUUUGCGAGCACAGGAGGCACAGCAGAAGAAGCAGAGAGGCUUCUGCAACAGGCUCUUGACCUGCAGAAUGCAGGCGCCUCCCUGAUAGUACUUGAGAUGCGUGAGCUCUUCUCAGGUAUCGGGUGUGAUGGCCAGGUUCUGGUCAUCCACGACAUGUUGGGGCUAAGUGGGCCCGGAACUAAAACAUUCAAGUUUGCAAAAAGAUAUGUAAAUCUCUAUGAUGCUGCAGUUUCGGCUGUGGAAACCUACAGAGCUGAAGUGAUGGCAGGUUCCUUCCCACAAGCAUGCAAUUCAAGUUUCAUGAAGCCCGCGGAAAGCGAGAAGCUGCUUGCCAGGUGCUCAGGUCGUGCGGUUACACGAGACACAUUAAAAGUUUUUCCUUCAGGAAAUGGCAUCACGAGCUCUCACCCGCACGGCACAACGAUGGAAGGCUCUGUGCCAGUGGGCACCUCGUCAGACUGCGCUGAACCUGUUCAGGCAGGUCCAUACAAAUCAACCAGCAGUCCAAGGUCGGAUGACGCCGACAAUGGCGCCAAACGGUCCUUCAUACUGACGAACGAAACCGUCAGAACAGGCUGUCAUCCAAAAGGCGCUGAAGAGCGGCGGCCAGUCGAUGUGGUUUCGCGGAAGGCAAUGGAGACGCUCGGCCGUACUUUUGACCUCGUUAUAAUUGCUUGCCUUUCUGGCGACACUCAGGAUAUAGGUGUGUCUUGUGAAAUCGUACCACAUCAGCGACUCGACGAAGUUCUGUGGGAGAAAGCAGCAGUAAACUGCUGCAUCAACCCUCUGGCUGCUUUGCUGAACUGCACUAACGGCCAGCUUGUUGAUCCCAGGAUGGACCUUGCCAGGAAGCUUGUGAUUUCGGAGGUAGUGGCAGUUGCCAGAGGAAAAGGGAUCCCGUUGACGUUUGCAUCUGCUUGUGCCUCUGCCAUCACUGUCGCGCGUGCGUCUAUGGACAACAUAUCUUCAACUUUGGGCCAGCUUCGCCAAGGCCGCCAAGUGGAGCUUGUAGAUAUUUCUGGAGAGGUAAUAAGAGAAGCGAACGCAAUUGGCUUGAAGGCCCCGGUCAACAGACUGCUUUUGGAGCUGGUAGGAGUGCUCGAGGCUACCCGAGCUCGCCGCCUGCCUAUACAGCAGCAAUUUUGGGGGAGUUGA